UUAUUAAGUGAAUAAGCUGCAGUCAUUAGACAAUAAAGUAUAGAAGGAAUGGACUGGGUAUGAUUUUUUAUGGGAACUAUAAAUAUAUUAGUAUCAAAAACUAAAUUCAGAAGAGAAAAUACCGGCGAUAGACCAUAGACAUUGACACUAUCCUAUUGAUUUUUAUACAGUCAUACGUCGCUUGGAAACAGUUUGACAAACAACAGCAGCAUUAUAUUUAGAAUCGAGACGGAAUUAAGACUGCAAGAUGCCGGAGUUAAUAGAGCAGAUGUACUGCUCACAGCAGAUUGUUAUUCCACCUAAGUUUCCCUACAUACUAAAGCGAUACUGCAAAGCGGCCAUAAAGACCCAGCCAUACGAUCUUCUGCGCUGGUCGUUUGAAUACUUCAAUGCGCUUGCGCAGCACAAACCACCUCCUGUCAAACUCCGGCUAGAGUACCCAGUCUAUACUACUGAAGGUGGACUUACUCGAGGAUGCUUGAAAGUCUUGGCUCAACAGCUGUCAACAAUGGAGGAAGUACCGUUGCCAGUGCUAAAGGCGGCGUGGCGCGGCUUCUGUUUAGACAACGAGGAGCUGCAGAGGAUCCUGUGCCUCUGUGAAGUGUUUCAGCGCAAGGAGACUGUUCCAUUCUUGCAUUUUGUCGCGGUGGCUGCGGGAUUGUUAACUAAGACAUUAACUCAUACAAUGGUGUUGUUAUGCGAGACUCUGAGUAAGGAACCGGAUGGUGGUUCUGCAGCGAUACCAGUGGAGCAUUUUCUCUCUAUGUACGCACUCCUCGCCCGUAUGGAUGCUUCGAAGGACGUCAAAUAUAUCGACGGAUAUAGAGAAGGUUUUGCACCAGAGUCGGAACCUGAGUCUGUCAGCGAAGUCAUAAAGUCUACAGAUUCACCGAUAGAAGACGUGUCAUCUGAUGAUUUCUGGCAAGACAAUGACUUGAAGAAAAUAAGCAUUAUAGACGACAAUGUGCCGCGUUCCGCAAGGAUCAGUAUGAAGUUGAAUAUGCCACUGAUUGGGAAAUUGGAAAGACCACCCUCGGUCGAGAGAGCGGGUCAGAUUGAGCGAGAAAACUACUUGAGAGAGAGACAAGGAAGAGCUGCGCCUGACCAAGAAGUUGAUCAAAAGCUUCGAGAAAUAAGUGCUUCCAAGAUGGGUCCUGAAGAAGCAGCAAAAAAAGAUGUACAGGCAACGGAGAAGCAAGUCGAAUCAAAGAAAGAUGGAAUAAUUAUAAAUGUCUACGAUGAGGAGGGUGAAACAAUACCAUACAAAAUUUAUGGUCAAUCGAAAGUAGAUGUAACCGUGGAAGAAUAUGAAGCAAAGAGUGAUGUAGAAAAUGAACAAGAAACAGAAAAAACUAACGAAGAAGAAGAAAUGGCUAAAGUGGAAGAGUUUAUUGCAGAAUGUUAUGCAGCGCGUGAAGAGCGACGAGCAGACCUCGAGUUUACAUUCGACGAGCUUGCCUUAUUGGUCGAUAAGUUUAAGACGGCUAACUAUGAUUUGGGUAUGGUGGCUGGUAGGCAGAUGUCGACGACUAGUGGGGAGUUCAUCGUGGAGCACGUGGAGCGAGAAAUUAUGGAGAAAGUCAACGAACAGAUUGAUAUAUUACCGGAUCCCUCGUUGAAGAAGAAAAAGGCUAAACCUGAAGAAGUAGCUAUGGUACGGGAUAUCCUAAAGAACUUUAUCGAUGAUAACAUGGAUGUUAUUGUGCCUGAAGAGGAGGAAGUCGAAGAAGAAGAGCUGCCCAUACCGACAAUAAUAAAUGUGUACGCGGUGCCUGGUAUCGGGCCGCCUGUGGAUGAACACAUCAUCAAAGAUGUAGAGGACUACGCCGCUGAAGUAGCGAAGGUGCAGGCCGAGCUCUUCAUGCCGCGCAACAUACGGCACUUUAUGUGUCCACCUUUGGAGAAGUGCAUUGAAAAUGUACUCGAAAAUACAUCGACCAAAGAAGAAGUACCAAUCAGCGGUGUCAUCACGGACUAAAUGCACGAAGUUUUCUUAUCACAUUGUUGAGUAAUUUUAUAAUAGCAAUAAAUUAUUGAAUCUUUAGGAUUUCCACAAUUAAUUGUAUUUUCACGAAAUUCGAU